UUUCAGUGGGAGGCUGAUGUUUGGUGCCGUCUUAAGCACUCCAGAAUACUGGAGCUUGAGGCGGUUUCUAUUCUUCGAUGUGGUUACCCAGUUUGUUUGAGUCCUUACCGGCAGAACAGAGACCUUGCUCGUUUCAUUUCUUCACGCACAACACCCUUCCCCCUUGAUACAAAGAUUCGUUGGGUCCUUGAGAGGGCAGAGGGAUUGGCAUAUAUUCACAGCAACAGAAUGGUGUAUUCAGACAUGGAACCCCACCACACCCUGGUCAGUGACGACCACCACCUUCUGCUUUGUGAUUUCACCUGCUCUUUCAAUCUCUGUAAGAAUGAAUCCGCUGUAGCCGAGAUACCUCUUACUCAUGAGUACGGCUUGUAUGGGACUUUGAGUUAUAUGGCCCCGGAGAGAGUGCGCCCGACCAACCCCAUUCGUCCGAACUUUUGUACCGAUGUUCAUUCCUUUGCUGUGGCUGCUUGUGAGAUUCUGUUGGAGAUGGGUGACGUUUGGACUGGGUUGAACGAGGAGGACGAAACCCUGGCCGGACGUCAAGUAUUCUUCGCCAACGGAGGCUCUCCAAU